AGACACGGUCGUGAUGUUUGUUUUCGUUACUGUGAUAGUUGUCUGUGCGGUUUACAUUAUUUGUAUAAAGUUUGUGUAUCGUAGAUAUAGACAAUUAUGGCCACACCUGCGAGAUGAAAUGUUCACCCCGUCAUACACUGGUGGAAAUUCAAAAUUUUGUCCAACACAAGACAGAUCCGAUCCACACUUAAGACAUUCAGAAGAAAGGACACGAGCUCUGGUAGUCACUGCACAUCCAGAUGAUGAAUGCAUGUUUUUUGCGCCCACUAUCUUAAAUCUCAUUGAAUCAAAAGUUGCCGUUCAUUUGUUAUGUUUGUCAACAGGCAACUUCAACAGUCAAGGACCCCAACGCAAAAAGGAACUGCUUGACAGCUGUACAGUUCUGGGCAUUCCAUGCAACAAUGUCACCAUCAUAGAUAACAAAGAGCUUCCAGAUGACCCAACAGUCCAGUGGAGCACUGCACUGAUCUCCUCUCUUAUCCUCAAACACAUUGAAACCUCCACUAUAAGCCUGGUACUGACAUUUGAUGGAAGAGGUGUGAGUGGACAUGCCAAUCAUAUUGCCAUUUACAAGGCCCUCAGUCAUUUGGCUUCUGCUGGAAGACUACCUAUAGGUUGUCAAGUUUUUUCUCUUCACACCAUCAGCAUCUUUAGAAAGUACCUGUCGGUCCUCGAGCUGCCAGUCAGCUGGCUCCUCUCCUCAGACUUUUGCUGCAUCAUUGGUUGGGAGGAGUAUAAACGUGCCAAGAAAGCCAUGCUGCGUCAUCACUCUCAGCUGCUGUGGUUUCGCCGGCUCUACAUACUGUUCUCACGCUACAUGUUUAUAAACACGUUCCAGUCUGUCACUGUGGAAACAAAGAAUGUUAAAAUGUAUUAGCCUAAAUUCUUCUCUCUUUUUUUGCACUGUUCCUGCUUACGUAGGAUUAAACUCAGGCACUGUUAUUUUGACGUUUUAGUAAGUCUUAAACAUGGCUAAACCUGUAUACACUUGUGCCUUGGAGUAUAGAGGGGUGGGAGAGCAAAGUCUAUAAAUUGUUUACAUUAGUCUUGUUGUUGGAUUUAUUAAUAGAGACAUUGUUAAAGCACUGUUCUAAACUGAUCACUAAGCACUGUACCAAAACUCAGUAUGGUUUCAAACCUGACCACAUGAAUUUGUGACUGAGCCUGUUAAUCUCCAUGUUUAUGCAUAUGCAAACCAGAAAUGUGUAACAAAUAUUGUGUUCAAAAUAAAAAAUAUAUUAUAUAAUGUAAUUCAGUUUCACACAUCCGUGGUAAGAAACACAGAUGACCAUGAAUGUUGUGUGAUAG